AUGGAGAUGAAGAAGAGACAAGAAGAUGAAGAAAGAAGCACCUUGUCGGAACUUCCCGACGACAUCAUGGUUGAAAUCCUUGCUAAAAUCCCACCAAAGUUCCUCUACAAGACAUUCAGGUGUGUAUAUAAAUCAUGGUAUCGAUUGAUAAGUAGCAGCGAGUUCAUGAACAAGACUGCCAUUCAUCAUAACCCAGGAAUAUUCAUCCAGUCCGUCCGGUACUUCCGUAGUACUACCAACACAAGUUUCUUGCAGAUGGAUGGACUUAACUUCAACUUAACUAAUCUCGGCUCUUCAAUGGGAAUUAUUAGGUCCAGUUGCAAUGGUCUGGUUCUAGUAUACGAGCCAAUAUCAAAGGAAGUUAAUAGUCUGUGUGUUAAGAACUUGUUGACAGGCCCCACUAGUUUAACUCUUCCAAACUGCCUUUCUGGUUGUACGCACAAGCAUGGAUAUCAUGGCCGAGCACCAGGGCGCAUCCUGCAUACUUAUUGCGGCUCAGCAUUAGGGUUCGACCCACUUACAAAGGUAUACAAAGUGGUGCACAUUAAUAAUGAUGGAUAUGGAAUCGAAGUGUUCACAAUUGGUUCCGAUAAGACAUGGAGAAAGGUUCCACUUCCAUGGCCUGUUGAAAAACCACGUCGUGGAGAUUUAGAUAAGUUUGAAGAUAUGAAGUUCUUUUGGAGGGAUCCUGUAUCAAUAAAGGGUCAAGUAUUUCACUGGUUUGUUGAUUCAGAAAAGUAUAUAUUCUCCAUGGAUAUAAGCAAUGAAAAGGUGAGUAAAACCAAACUUCCAUACAUUGGGAAAACAAUAAUGAAGGAACAUUAUGAUUUAGUAGCCAAGGAUGAGAAGCUUGCUUUUGUGUAUAAAGGUUCCGAGUCCAAAAUCGAUGUAUGGGUUUUGAAUGAUUUUGGGAGACAGGUUUGGUCAAUGGAACAUUCCAUCGUUGCUAAUUGGGAGGCAGAAAAGAAGUUGCCCCAAUUUAUGAAACUAGUUGCAGUUGCUAGCUGGAGAAAUGGUGAGGUGAUAAUGUUCAAGGCCAUAGAGAACUUCGUUUGGGACCAUCAUGAUUUCAUUUAUUUGUAUGAUACGAAGAGCAAGGAGAUGAAGGAAUUCAAAAUGAAAUUGCAGUACGUAACAAAGUUCAUACCCCAUAGAAGCAGCCUUGUUAGUUGGAGGACUGAGAUGGAUUGA